GAGGAGGAGGAGGAGGAGGAGGAGAGCUCCGUCUCCCCGCACAGGACCCGAGAGAUCCGCGAAUCCACCGCCGAGCAUCAGUGAGCGUCGGACGGGAGGAUGAGGACGUGGACGUCGGUCUGCGGCGGAUCUUACCGGCGGAUUGAAACCAGCACGACGCGACUGCGGGAAUCCGGAUUGUGUGUUUUCAUCUGGAAUCUGGACGCGUAGCCGGGGAACCGCAAUGGAGCAUCGGUGCAGAGCGUGAGAGCCGCUGAUCGUCUGCUUUCAGGCGAAUGUUGCAGACAAUAAGCAAAGAAAAUUAGCCUUUUUAGAAACCGUGGCAUCCCUUCGUCUGCACCGGGGGUUGUGUUGUUCUGCUGUGCCGCUAUUUCCCUUCAUGAUCCGAUGAGGGAGCCACAGUGAAUUUGUUAUUAAUGAUUCAGAAAUCAAUGGUUACACAAGUCACGCGCGGACAGGAGCACAUCCAGGCCAAUUAAAGGCUUCGGGAAGUCAGUUUUUUUUUAAUGAGAGUAGCCUGAUAUAGAUUCGUGUUUUUGUUCAAAUUAAUCAGAGAGCAGUCAUGUCAAAAAUUAAGAGCAGCGAGUCAGUGAAGGUGGUGGUUCGAUGCCGCCCUUUGAACCGGAAAGAGGAGUCCCAUGGGCCUGCAGGGGGCAUCGUGCGGAUGGACCUGGGUCUGGGACAGGUGAUCCUCAGAAACCCUCGGGCACCAGUCAGCGAGCCCCAGAAAACCUUCACGUUCGAUGGGGUUUAUGAUGCAAGCUCCAAACAGCGAGACCUGUACGAUGAGAGCGUGAGGCCCCUGAUAGACUCGGUGCUUGAAGGGUUCAAUGGCACCAUAUUUGCAUACGGGCAAACCGGAACUGGAAAGACAUACACUAUGCAGGGGGCAUGGAUGGACCCAGAGAAACGGGGGGUGAUCCCCAACGCUUUUGACCACAUCUUCACACACAUCUCCCGCUCGCAGUCCGACAGGCAGUACCUGGUGCGCGCAUCCUACCUCGAGAUCUACCUAGAGGAGGUUCGGGAUCUCCUCGAUCCCAACCAUGCCACCGCCAGAGCCCUGGAGCUCAGAGAGAGUCCAGAAACCGGAGUGUACGUCCGAGAUCUCACAUCGUGUGUUUGCAAGAGCAUCAAGGAGAUCGAGGAGGUGAUGAACGUGGGCAACCAGGCGAGGGCGGUUGCGGCGACAGACAUGAACGAGCACUCGUCCAGGUCCCAUGCUUUGUUCCUGAUCACGGUGGAGUGCAGCCAGCCUGGACCAGAUGGGAGAAAACACAUUCGAGUUGGUCGCCUCAACCUGGUGGAUCUGGCUGGUAGCGAGCGCCAAGCCAAGACUGGCGUCCAGGGCGAGCGCCUGAAAGAAGCCGCCAAGAUCAACCUUUCCCUGUCAGCACUGGGGAAUGUGAUCUCAGCACUAGCAGAUGGACGCAGCGGCCAUGUGCCUUACCGGGACUCCAAGCUGACCAGGCUGUUGCAAGACUCUUUAGGCGGGAAUGCAAAGACGGUCAUGGUCGCCACCUUAGGCCCAGCCCCCCAGCACUACGACGAAACCCUCACCACCCUCCGCUACGCCAACCGAGCCAAGAACAUCCAGAACCAGCCGAGGGUCAACGAGGACCCCAAGGACGCUCUGCUGCGCGAGUUCCAGACGGAGAUCGCUCGCCUCCGGGCCCAGCUCAACCACAGGAAGUGGAGUAGCAAACAGAAGAAGGAGCAGGUGGAGGGUGAGAGCUGGGAGAGAGACGAGGAUGAGGAGACGGAGGGCGAGGACGAGGAGUUGGAGGUGGAGAAGGACGCAGAGGACUAUGUGAAGCUGCAGGAGCAGCGGUUGGAGAGGGAGAAGGAGGCCAUCAGAGAUGAUCGAUUCAUGUUGGCCGAGGAGAAGCAGAAGCUGCUGGGAGAGAAGGAGAGGAUGAUGGGGGAUCUGAGGAAGGAGCAGGAAGCCACCGAGCAGCUGACCGCCAAGUACAAGGCGAUGGAGAGCAAGCUGCUGGUCGGAGGAAAGAACAUCAUGGAUCACACCAACGAGCAGCAGAAGAUGCUGGAGAUGAAGCAGCAGGAGAUCGCUGACCAGACCCGCACGGAGAGGGAGAUGCAGCAGCAGAUGUUCGUCCAGGACGAGGAGACGGUGGAGCUCAGAGAGACGUUCACUUCUCUGCAGCAGGAGGUGGAGGCCAAGACCAAGAAACUCAAGAAGUACCUCAAGCUGUACGCCAAGCUCCAGUGCAUCAAAGCAGAGAUCCAGGACGUGAACGACGAGCACGUGAGGAGCCGACAGGAGCUGGAGCAAACUCAGAACGAGCUCACCAGGGAGCUCAAGUUCAAGUACCUGAUCAUAGAGAACUUCAUUCCUCCAGAGGAGAAGAACAAGAUCAUGAACAGACUGACCUUCGACACCGAGGAGGAUCAGUGGAAGUUUCAGCCCCUCGUUCCCGCUGAGAGUAAAUCCUCGCAGAUGAAGAAAAGGCCGUCGUCUGCAGUCGGAUACAAACGACCCAUCAGCCAGUAUGCCAGGGUUGCCAUAGCGAUGGGAGCCCACUCCAGAUACAGGGCUGAGAACAUCAUGUUCCUGGAGCUGGACAUGACUCCUCCGAACACGGCCUCGCUGGAGCGCUCGACGGAGCCCAACCAAAGCACCUCUGGGGACAACUCGCCCACCAAGGAGAGGGGGGGCGUCCGCAAGUCUCGCUCCUGGUGUCAGACGCCGAAAUCCAUCACUUCCUCCUCGUCUAACGUUUCCCUGGCGGCGUGUCACGCUGCCACACCCACGGCGGCGCAGUAAAGCUUUAGUGAAGAGGCUUGAGGUGUUUUUUUUUAUUGUUAAUUUAUUUCAUUCUUCUGCUUCCUCCUGCUGAUUUUCCUCUGAAACAUUUCUCAGCGAGGCGCACAGCUGGGAUACAAGCACACGCUACGACCUCUGCUGAAUCCCGAGAGGUCACAGACUUUAACGGGUCGCUAAUAAAGAAACUUUCUCCUGACGGGAAAACUAAAUGAACUCAGAAACUUCUAUAAAACAUCAGUUCCUCCUGUUCUACGGAUGUAAAGACUUUUCCUCCUUCGUCCCUGCAUGUUUGGGACCAAGAGCCUUGGAUUGUCUUUUAAAACGUCUGGCUGCAGAGUUGUUCUGCAGCCAGGCUGGUGUGUGUAUGAGUGUGUGUUGUGCAUACGGGGCUGUAUGAUUGUCUGUUUGUGUUUCUAAUUGUGACCAGUUGAGAUCUGAGAGCUCACAAACUGCUUGACUCCCCUGUAGAAUAUCAAUCAGUGUAAAUAUGUCAUGUUUUAUUUUCUUUCCUUCGGGGGGGUUUGGUCCGAAUCCAUCGUCCGUUCCCUUCAGAGUGUUUAUGUCUGUGUUGAGCACGUUAGAAAAUAUUGAUAUAACAUAUGAAAUGUGCUGUUGUUGGUCAGACGAGGUGCGUUGAAGCCUGAAUGAUGACCUUCACCUUUAUACCCGUUGUCACUCAUCAUUCUUCUGUCCCUCCACGAUAUCUAACGAGUAAGAAAUGCCUUCAAAUAAUAAUCAGAAGAAAAUUAAGAUGGUUGGAGCAUUUCACACAAAAAACACUGCAGCAGGAAAUAUAAUAGCAGGUUUUCCAAAGUCCUUCAGCUUAAUUGAAGACGUGGAAGUGUCACAGUUUAAGAAACUGGCAGAUUUGCUGUGAACUUUGUCUUUUCCCUAUAAUUGAGGACUCGUCUCCAGUGCAUAGCCAGAGCCGCUGAAUGUACUACUGGCUACGUACUGUGCAUAUUGGUUUCUGUGAAAUGACACAGUCAUAAAGAUGUUCCUGUAAAACACCCCCGAAUGGCUGCUGUGGUAAGACAGUCAGUGAAAGCUGCAGCCUGUUUCUCUGCAGGUGGACUGAGUGGAGUGUCCCUGUUGUUUCCGGAGGCAGCGAGCAGUCAGUCCAUUGUUUUCUUCAUGGAGGUGAAGAGGAGCGGACAGUGGGGGGGCACGGAUCAUCGCUGUAUUAUUGAUGCUUCAGAUCCUGUUGCAGCUGAACCCCCUGCAAAGUGCAAGAGAGCAACACAGGCGUCCUCCAGUCAAAGUACAUCUAUUCCCAAUGAGAUCGAAACUUCCACAUCUUUGUUACAUGACAUCGUCGUCCUGUGUGUUCAAAAAUAUGUUUUAACCCAAACAUCAUAUCAUUUAUUAUAUGUGAUAAUAUGACAGACGAGGGAAUUUGACUCAGACAUCUUCAUUAUGGCUGAAUCACUUAUUGGAUGCACAAAUUGUCAAUAUUCGCCAGAAAUGUUGGUGAUGUUUUUAAAUUACUUGUGUAAAAAGUCCGAAACCCAAAGAAGUUUUAAACAAACCUGGAAACGUUUGGUUUUGGUGUAAUUUAUCACCAGAUGCUGUUUUGAUUGAAAUCUACCUCCGUCUCAGACUGAUCGACACUGAGGGUUUUAAAUGUUUAUCUUCAUGUAUAAUCCAGACUCCAAACAGCGUCGGACUAUUGGUCAAAUAAAGAUGUUAAAAUAAUGAUAUUCAAGUUAAAAUAUUUUAAAAAAUUGUGUCUACGAUACUGAAAACAUCUAAUUUUAACGUUUAAAACAGUAAAUUAUUUAUUCGCACUGUGUCGCCUCUAUUGUAAAAUUAAAUUAUGUUCUAAAUUGAACUGAGGACAGUUUCUAAUGUAUAAACAUUGUUGUCAUAUUAUUCAGUAAAAUAUAUAUAUCCAUGUACGUUU